CGCGUCGGUGCCUGCGUCGACGCAGGCCGCAUGUAUCUGACGAAGAAGGAGGCUGGGUUCUUUGGAGGGUUAGGGAGGGGAGAGAACAGGGUAGUGGGCGGAGCUCGUGCGUCGAACUCGGGACGGACGUUCUACGUGGGAGGAAUGCAGUGCGCGCGCGCGCAUGACGCAGUUGCCCAUGGUAACCGGGAGCCGCGUAGAGGAUGGUGAGUGAAAGAUUAGGAGGGGGAGAAGGCCGAGGGGGGCCCGGGAGGGCGUUGUGGGAAGCGGGAGCGCAGAACCGGCCCUCCGCCCUGUACUGGGUGCGGGGCAGGAUCCGCCCUGUGGCGGCGGAGCGCUCCGUGUUGAGGGAGAGGGAUGCUGCUCUAAAGGGAUGGAUGAGGAGACGAUGAAUGGGCCUGGAUGAAGGGAGGGGCGGGAGUCGUGUACCUGGAGCUAAAGGAACCGCUCAGGUGACGCGGGGAACGGAGAGGCUGAGAUCGCCAGAUUUCUAUUUUUAAUUUGUUUUUAUUUAUUUAUUUAAAAUCAGAAAUAAGGACCCCUUCAUCUGUUUUAUUAUUUCAAAACUGCGAGUUAUUGGAUGUGCUCUGGGAAGCUGCGAGAAUAGCAUGUAAAGAAUUGCAACACGGUUACCCACCCCACCCCCGUAUUCUAUGAGAUACAGUACAGUCUUCUGCGAGACUGAAAGGUUGCUGUUCAAGGGGCAAUAUCUUCGUUGUUGUUUUAUAAUGACACGUGGCAGCUGUAAGCAGGACAGGUUGAGAUGGGAUUUGCGGGAUUCUCAGGGGGGGACCUUAGGGGGAGAAGAGAGUGGGUUGGGUUGUUGAAAUAACACAUUUUCGAAGUGGAAUUGGAUCAAGAGGAAUCCCGGGGUUUUCCCCACAGAUGGUCAAAGAAAGAUGUGAAAUAGAAGUGAAAUGCACCUUCUUACAGGGCUUUAAAUAUAUGCAAGAACACAUUGCAGUUUGUUUGUUUUUUUAAUUCUGGUGUUACAGAUCUUCUAUGUGUUCAUCUCCUUACUAGCUUACUUGAUCUGCAGCAAGCAUUAUCUGAUAAGAGGAGUCAAACUGGAUCAGAGGAAAAACUCUUCUAGUUCAGCAUUCUGUUCCCACAAUGCCCAACCAAAUGCCCAUGGGGAACCUACAAGUGGAACAUGAAUGAUAUAGCACUUUCCUAUUAUCUUUCCCCUACAGCUAGUAUUUAGAAGCACCUUGCCUCUGAUUUUUCAGGUAGUAAAUUGCCACUGUGGAUAACAAGCAAUGAUGACUUUACUCGCCAUGAAUUUAUAUUCAUUCAUUUUUUAAAGCCAACCAGCUUGGCAGCAAAUUCCAAAGUUUUAACUAUGGUGUAAAGAAGUACUUCCUUUUGUCUUUUCUUAGUUUCCUACCACACAUCUUCACUUGAUGACCUUUGAUUCUAGAAUUAUGAGGGAGUUCAGGAACCACUGCUUACCAGCUUUUGCACAAUCUAUGCACAGUCUUAUAAACCUGUAUCCCCCUUACUCCCCUUUUUUUUGUAAAUGAAAAAAGUCCUAAACAUUGUAAGAUGAAAGGGGUUUUGCUUCAGUCCCUUGAUUUUUGUUGUUGUCUUUUUCUGAACCUUUUCCAGCAUUACAAUAUUCUUUUUGAGGUGACUUAGAGGUGUACAAAGUGUUCCAACACCACCUCCUUCCCUAUAAAGUGUGGAAAUAUAGCCUGUUAGACCUUUAAAAUAGCCCCUUCUAAGUGAGUUACAAAGUUUCCCACUUCCCCCAGCAAAGAUGAAUACCACACACUUGGAAAAUUAAAAAUGGUUUAUCUACAAACUCUCCAAAGGUCAGAUUCAUGUGCAUUCAGAAAAAGUUUCACAGGCAGUAAAACUUAGCUUAGUUACAAAGUAAUAAAAGUGCCUAGAGAUUACAGUGGUACCUUGGGUUACAGAUGCUUCAGGUUACAGACUCCGUUAACCCAGAAAUAGUACCUCGGGUUAAGAACUUUGCUGCAGGAUGAGAACAGAAAUUGCGUGGCAGCAGCAGCGGGAGGCCCCAUUAGCUAAAGUGGUACCUCAGGUUAAGAACAGUUUCAGGCUAAGAACAGACCUCCGGAACAAAUUAAAUUCUUAACCGGAGGUACCACUGUAUUGGUAUAGGAACUGAAGAGUGGCUGGUGAGAGCCAUGCAAUUUUGCUGGAGCAACCAACUCAAACCUUCACAUGCUGAGCUUCUUGGGUACACUAAGUGGGAUGGGUGGGUGUUUGUUUACCUCUUUCCUCCCAAGGUGAAGGGAAAUGACAUAGCUAAGCCUGACAGGGUAGCUUACUCUGUGGUAUCAACCCCUUCAUGCAUUAAUUAGACUUAAGCAUGUUGGUUAUAUGAGACUGAUUAUCCCACACUCUUGGAUUGUAUAUUUUUAGAUUCCACACUGGUUUUGUGAUUAAACAUUUGCUGUUAAGAAAUGCAAACUAUUUAAAUUGUUGUAGCCUACCCUGGGACCUAUGGGUGGAUGGGUGGGUAGUAGUGAUUAUGAUGAUAAUUUGAAGUUGUACCAUAGAUUUGCCUGAGGAUGAAUAUUCAAAAUCAUUAUUCAUAAUUUCUGUAGUAUUUUUUCAGAAAUAUGGGAAACUUCUGCACUUCAUCAGUAUUUUGAAAAAUACUGUGGCUGUGUGAUAAUUGUUAGCCCUCACAGCUUGUUCAUAUAAAGUUAUGCUACUAAUGCAGCUAGUACUAAUACUGUAUGCAGCUCAGCCCUGAGAUGCAGGAGUAAGAUAAUCAAAUACAUUUCGUGGCAUCAGCUAGUUUAUUAAGGUCAUGACAAAUACACUCCACACACUCUUCCACCCAGAACUUUGUAACCUAAUUACACAAAGGACCAAUAAAUAUUAAUGACUAUAGACCUAUAUUCCAUAAAUUUCUCUAAUCUUUUAAAGUCAUCGAAGGAUAUAGUUCUAUAGUUUCCAGGAGGACAUACCAGGGAGCAUAGGAUUUUGAGGAUCUCCUCUGCCGGCAGGAAGGGGUAUUUUCCCCAAGAAGUCCCCUGCCAGCUGCCUUUUAAAAGGCCACACUAUUGCCCCUCUGCUGUUGGUGCAAAGACAAAUAGCAUUUUAGGGUGGGGCAGACUGAAAGGCUUGCACACAUUACAGUUCAGCCUUAGCUGUGUUAGAUUGAUGUCAUGUAGAUUUCCUCCCUUCCUAAUCCCACAUUCCAAGACAGGACUCAGCCAUAUAGUUACUGUGCCACACACUUCUACCUUGCCUUACCACAGUUGCUGCUAAGGCUGAUAGUUCUGGGACAAAGAGAAGAUAGAAUUCAAUGAAAUCUACUAUUGGGGAAGCAACCUUAGGACUAUCUUACAGGACAGCUGUACUUGACUUGAUCUUUAGAGAAAUACCACAUCAACUAAGUAAACAUUUGCUGGUUACCAAAGGCAGAUUUCUUUGUACUUGCACUCUAAAUUCAUUAUCAAAGCUUUAUGGCUAAUCCAGAUAAACAGCAGGUAUUUACUUCUCUCCUCUAAUGGGAUUCCGCUCUCUGUUCUUUAGUGAUUGGCAAGCCUCCCUACUACUAGCCAAUAGCAUGUGCGGCAAUUCUCUCUAUGGUAUUUCUUAUAUGGGUCACUUCGGUAGAAAAUAACAGGCAUUUUUAAAAUGUGUAUAUUUUUCCAUGAUGUUUUCCCCUUAGUACAUAUUUGAAAUCUUCUGCAUUUGUCCUAUAAAUACAUUAUUGAUGUCAACAGCUAUGUGACACGGAUUACAACAAGAAAACUGAUACAGUGUAGAGCAGGGGUCAGUAACCUUUUUCAGCCAUGGGCCGAUCCACUGUCCCUCAGACCAUGUGGGGGGGCUGGAGUAUUUUUUUUUGGGGGGGGGGAGGGAAUGAACGAAUUCCUAUGCUGCACAAAUAACCCAGAGAUGCAUUUUAAAUAAAAGCACACAUUCUACUCAUGUAAAAACACACGGAUUCCCAGACUGUCCGCGGGCCGGAUUGAGAAGGUGAUUGGGCCGCAUCCGGCCCCCGGGCCUUAGGUUGCCUACCCCUGGUGUAGAGUUAAAAGAAUAGCAAGUUUUAAAGAAGGAGAACUAUAGCUAUUUAAUGCUAUGCUUUAACAUUGUACUAGCACGUGUAACUGUUCAAAUAAACCGACAAUCUGGUACUCCCUCUUUAUGCUUUAUAUUUGGAUAUGGAGAGUAUUUUGUGGAGCUCAAGGGACAGAGUGCUCUAGUAGUGGAUAGAUACUUGGCUCAUGACAUACUUAGAUCAUGACAACCGGAGUUCAAGGCCUUCUUUAACUUGUUUGCUGAUCUUGGGCAGCUUAAUUACUCUCUACCCUAGUUUGUGUAUUAGUCAUAAUAGCGUUGUUUUGAAAUAAAUAUUUACUGUGAGGUAUUUUGCAGCUUUAAAAAUGAUACAGAAAGGGGACAAAACCCAUCCCAAUAUAAAUAUUUUCAAGUUCUACUGAUUUCAACAGGAUAACUAAAUGCAUGUUUAUAAGUGCAUGUCUUCAAAGUGUUGUUGAGUGUUGUUGUUGUUGUUAAUUAGGUUUAUAGACUUAAUUUUCAGGCAAUAUGCCUACCAGAUUGAUUUCCAACAACAAUUAAAGCAUUAUGAACAAAUUUAAAUCAUUCUGCACAGUUAAAAUAAAGAGCACCUAGUACAAAUAAAAAUACAAAUGCGGAGGAGGGGGGGAAAUCAACCUGGGCCAAAAAUAUGAGUUCUUAACUACUGGUAAAAACUCAUAAUGGUUCUUGAAAAUAUUAUUUGGAGAGGAAGGGAAUUCCAUGGUUGGAUGGCCUGUAUAAAUGCAACACCUCUGUCUCUGCCAGAUCUCAGUGUCUCAAUAUAAAAAAUGUAUGGCUGGAUCAUGUUCAAGAUUAAUAUGUUAGUGGUUCCCUUUAUGGCCUUUGUGAAAUAACUGUUGCUUAUCAAGUGUAUGCUCAGAACAAAAUAACUUACACCAGUGGUGUGUUUUCAGCCUAAAAAAAAUCCUUUUGCUUCAGCAUAGUUUUUCCUGACAAAAUGCCAGUAACGAUGUUCAGUUAUUGUAUGUUUGGAAUGUAAGAUAUGUUUGGUUUUUGCCCACACUCAAAAUAUUUAAUUAUUUAAAAUUAAAAUCAACAAUGACCCCAUGGAACUUAUUAUUAAUACAUGCAUCCUUGAUAGAAAAGAACAUUUUUCCACAACUGAUAAAUUAAAAUAAUUGAGUUGUUAUUGUGUACCGUCGCUUACACGUGUAUACUGCUCUACACCUAGACGGAAGGAACAUAUGCUAGUGUUUUUAAAUGAGUCAUGGUGAGCCGCAGAAUACCUUUUCUAAAUGCUAUGGAGGGGAUUAGCAAUGAGACGAAGCUCAAGUACUAUUUAUUAGAAAUAUAUAUUAUGUACCUAAAACAAAGAACAAAAACCAGAGUUUAGAGUUGAUAGUUGGCUGUGAUGUGACCAAGAGCACUUCUUAUAAUUUACUAAGCUAUGCUGUUGGCUUUAAGAAUGUUGCAGUCAGUCAUAUGAAACUGGAGGAGAAACAAGCACAGGGAAAAUACAAGCAAUAACAGCAGAUGUCACAGGUGACCUGUGACAGGUUGCUAGCAAAGCUAGAAGUAGAAAGCAGAUCUUUUGGCUUUAAUAAUAUUUUUGUCACCCAGUGGCCAAUCUGGCUGAUCUGCAUCUUACAUAGAUGUAAGAAAGCAGCCCAGAUACAUUUACAUAUCAGUGCCCGACAUGCCCUUCCAGCUGACACUUCUUUUAAAGUAGUACAGGUGUUUGAGUGCUGGCACCACCAAUGCGCACAAUUAUUUCUAGCAUUUUUGCAAUGCAAAUAAACUCACAGGGAUCUUCUGUUCCCAAACCCUGAAAGCUACUCUCAGCUCAAGGAUCUCUCACUUAAAUCUGCUCAACUUUCUUAGCUACACAAUGCAGGCAAUUGAGAGGUUUGCAAUAGAUACAUCAUGAAAACGCUGACAUGUGAAUGUAUCAUUUGCCUAGAAUGGUUCAGAGAAUAAAUACAAGGGGCUGUGGAUAAACUGAAUCAUUAGUAGGUAAGAAUUCAUGGCAUGGCUAGUCGGAAUGUAGAGGGAGGAUUUGGAUUAUGGGAUUUUGUAUAACUGAAGAUUGGCUGGUGGCAAAAGUAAUAAAACUAAUUCAGCAGCUUAACUGAAAUUCUUUACUGCCCUAAAUCUUGAGACCUAACACCCUGAUAUGAAUGAUUUAGUGCUCUGCUUUUUCAGAUCUGCUGAUACGAUCUAAUAUUAAUGGCAGUUCUUAACACUAGUGGGAGCUGCAUGAGGGGGCAAAAUGGCCUUCAAAUGGGAAGAAUGAGAAGGAGGUGAUAAAUCUUAGGACCCCCCCCUCUGAGCAGGUGCUAUCAUUUGUUGCUAUAGGUUCAUGGACACACCAAAAUAAGGGUUAGGUCCAUGCAUGGAAAAUCAAGUUAGGAGCUUGGGCAUUCUUCUUUCUCAGCUUGUAUUACUGUUCUAGUUAAGACUUCUUUCUGUAUACUAUAUCUCUUAAAAUCCACCCUGAUUCUAGUAAAAUCCUCAUUUCAGACCCUCGUUCUAUCCUGCAUGGGUUGUUGUCAUGUUUUGCUUGUCAAUCUCUUGUCUCUCAGCUUAAGCCUAUUUUCUCUGUUCUCUUAAUUUUUCUCCAUUUGUGCUUUAAUCAUGUUACAGACAUAUAUAUUUCUAUUUCCAUUGUCUGUUGUCCCAUGCAACAUGGUUUUAGGACUUGUUACUUUUUUCCUUGUACAGCCUCCCACUUGGACAUUUAAUUCACUUAUUUGGUUUGAAUUGCCCUAUUUAUGCUCAUAGCAUUCACAUUUAUUUUUCUGCCUCAGUGCUAUCUUUCGUUCUUAGGUACCUGAUGAGAUGAACUCUGGUCUAUGAGAGUUUAUGCCAUCACUAACUUGUUAGUCUUAAAGUGUGCCACAUGAUAGUUGUUGCAACAAACUAACACUGAUACCCUUCUGGAAAUAUUUUCUACCUCUUACGUGUUACGUACUAUCUAGCUGCAAUCUCAUUCUGGAUUCUACAACAUAAUUUUAUUGUGGUUUAUUUUAAAAUAUAUAUUUUGCAGCUGCUUCUUUUCAUAGUGCUGGUGUGUUAUGAGAUUCUGACCUAUAUUUUUAUUUAUACGUUACUUCUGUUGCAAAGUUAUUGCACAGAUCCACCCACUUUGAUUAUUUUUCUUUCUUAUUUUUCAACAUCUUUAUCUUAUUCUCCCUUCUGCUGCUUGUAUUCUUCUUUCAUUGUUCUGGUCAUGCUAUCAUCUCUUUAUUUUCCUUUUCCUUUUCCUCUUUUUUGUUUUUUGUUUUUUUGCUACCUUUCAGUGCUAAUAGCCACUUGUGGCCUUGCCACUUGUAAUCUGCCUUUCUUGCUUUCUCCCUUCACUCUAGUCUCCUCUGCAGCCCCUUCAUUCAUCAAAAAAAAUAUUAUUAAACUUCCAUCUCCCUGUGCUCUUUCUUAUUUUGAUGUUUCCACUCUCCUAAAUGUAAGGAACUCUUUUCCUUUAUCUAGUCACUUGACCUCCUCAUUAUCCUACUUUAGGAAAUUAUUAAAACGUCUAUAUUUUCUUUUGCAUUUCUUUCUUGAUGUUCUUUUUUAAAAAAAUUAUUUUAGUGCUAUGUUAAUUACCAAAUAGUUCUGUGUUUACUCUCCUGCUUCCUUUUAAUCUCACUCAAUAAGUGGAAAAUCCCUCUUUCAAAUCCCCUUUCUUUUUGUCUCAUGUAUCACAGAUCAUCAACCUACAGGCAGCAACUUGUACAUUUUGUUCAUGUGUUAUAAGGCUAUUCAGGAUCUCCUUUCUUUCUGUUUCUCAUUGAUUUUUGGCAACGAUGAUAAAAAUAACAUCUAGCAAGUAACAUCUCCUGCCCUUUCUCACUAACAGGGUUUGCUGUCAAUUCUGCGCAAAUUGAAGAGUGCACCAGACCAGGAGGUAAGAAUCCUCCUCCUGGGAUUGGAUAAUGCAGGCAAGACCACACUUUUGAAACAACUAGCAUCUGAAGACAUCACCCACAUUACUCCCACACAGGUAAGGAACGAGGCUUUUGGUGCUCUGCUAAAUCUUGAAAUUUGAAGGAUAGAGAGGGAAGGGUGGCUGCAAACAGAAUCUGUCUUGCAACCAAAAGUAAAAUAUAAUAUUUUUUAUUAAAAAAAUUAAAAAUAAAGCUGCUACAGAUGCCACAACACCUAUGUACUUUUCCCCCUUCAUUUUCCUUUAUUCCAAUAGUAGUAUACCCACAGUUCUGGGACUCAUAUAGCUUUUACCUCAUACAGCCACUUCCUAAGGCCAUAGAAAGCUGCCUUAUACUACUACUACUACUACUACUACUACUACUACUACUAAUUUAUUAUUAUUACCCUGCCCAUCUGGUUUCCCCAACCACUCUGGGCGGCUCCCAACAGAAUAUUACUAAUAAUUUUUAAAAAGCGAUAAAACAUCAAACAUUAAAAACUUUCCUAAACAGGGCUGCCUUCAGGUGUCUUCUAAAAGUCAAAUAGUUGUUUAUUUCCUUGACGUCUGAUGGGAGGGCAUUCCGCAGGGCGGGUGCCACCACCGAGAAGGCCCUCUGCCUGGUUCCCUGUAACCUUACUUCUCACAGGGAGGGAACCGCCAGAAGGCCCUCGGAGCUGUACCUCAGUGUCCGGGCAGAACGAUGGGGGUGGAGAUGCUCAUUCAGGUAUACUGGGCCGAGGCCAUUUAGGGCUUUAAAGGUCAGCACCAACACUUUGAAGCUCGGAAACGUACUGGGAGCCAAUGUAGGUCUUUCAGGACUGGUGUUAUAUGGUCUUGGUGGCCACUCCCAGGAACCAGCCUAGCUGCUGCAUUCUAGGUCACCUUCAAAGGUAGCCCCACGUAUUCUGAGUCAGGCUAUUUCUCCAUCUCGCACAUUGUAGUCCAGACUUACUGGCAGCGGCUCUCUAGGGGUUUCAGGCAGGACCCUUUCUCAGCCUUACCUAGAGAUCACAGGGAUUCAACCUGGGACCUUUAGCACACAGAGCAUGUGCUUUCUAAGUGAACUAUGACUCUUUUCCUCACAUGUUAAUAUAGUGGUGUGCAGAUUGAAGGGGUGUGCAUGUGCCCAAUGGAAUGGUAACAGUUGUAGAGUGUAUGCAUUUCUUGCUUUAAAACUUCUCAUACUAUGAACACACACUAGAGAAUCAGAAGAUUAAACCAAGCUGCAUGUUGUUACGUCCUUCAGUGUUGCAGUUCAGCACAUACACGGUGCAGAUAUUUCACAUGUAUACUUCAAAACUGCAACACACACAGUGUCCCUCUGUCCUCUCUACAUGCACCAACUCUCCAGAGCUUUUUUUAAGGGCUAAAGUACGGUAUCUUUCAUUAGUUGCUCAACUGACACCAUCCCAGUGUUGGCCAGUGGAUGGUGCUAGAGAUUGUACAAGGUUGGAUCUCCUUCCCCCAGUCCUCAAGAUGGAGCACAUUGCCUAUGAGAUGCUCCCACGCCUUAGAGAAAGAGCCCACCCUCAGAUUCCAAGCUUAAAGCCAAUCCCCUGUAUUGUGUGGCAGCUCAUUGCCAGCCUGCACCACAUCCUGUUUUUCCGGUUGCACUCCCCUUUCAGUUGGAGCUUUAAUUGAUGAAAUGGGCCCUUCAAAAGUGCAGCUGUUGCUUCUAGUUUUCUCAUAUCAACUCACAUACAGACUUCUGCUUCUCGUUAGCCUGCACAUUGGCCUCAGCUUUCAGUAGCUGAGGCUUACUCCUUCCUUGCAAGGCUAUGUGAUUACUUCUUAUCUGCAUUGUUCUCUCACCUCCCACUGCACCUUCCUUUCUUGUUAUGAGCUGCAACAUACAUCUUUAUAGCUUUGACAGAAACAGACCCUGAUCCAUGCAAGGCUGCUAUAGCCUUCACCUUGCCCACAGCCAAUCCAUCUGAAUAGCAGCACGGGGUUUAUUUUGUUAGGGUUUCCAGAGUUGUGAUAUAUAAACUGUGACUGAUGUGUGCCUGUGAAUCUGAAGCCAGGCAUCACGUUAACACCAGUUAUACUUUAUCUCUGCUUGUCACAGGGUUUUAACAUCAAAAGCGUGCAAGCACAAGGUUUCAAGCUGAAUGUGUGGGACAUUGGUGGACAGAGGAAGAUCAGGCCAUACUGGAGGAAUUAUUUUGAGAACACUGAUAUCCUGGUAAGCAUUGGCCACUGCUGAAUGCUACAUUGAAUAUUAUAGUGACUUUAACAGCUAAGAAAUACUGCAAUCAAAGUCAUUUGUUUUGCAGCCAGUCCGAACAUUCUUGCAGAGGCAGUGUGUGCACGUGAAUUAUGAAAUCUGCAGAAACAUUUAUUUUUAACUGGUCUCUCAACAGUGUGCUAUGUGACAGUUCCAUUUGGUUUUGCCUUCCCUUUGAAGUAGCUCUGUGUUCCAGGCUGAAAAAUAUGAACCAAAUUAUUAGGUGCAAUUCUCAAGUGCUUUUCUUCUUCUUCAGUACUCUACAAAACACACAGUAAGGGUGCCACCAAAGUACAACCACAUUGCACAAUUAAAACAACAUUUUAUGGAGCUCUUCCUUCCAUGGCAUCUUUUGAAGGACACUUAUAUGACUCCCAGAUGCCAUUUCCUUUUUGAAUGUUCAAAAGUCUUCACAUUCAUUAUGUUAGUAAUAUUUAUGACAACAGUCAUGUAAGAGAAAUCAGUAUUAUCUCCAUAUUGCAAGUGGUGAACUGAUGCUAAGAGAUUACUGCUGCCUAACUGGACAAUUCAACUAUCCUGCUGUGCCAGAUCUGUCACCAAUGUGACAUAGCAGCAAUGCUGCUCUCAGCAGCAGAGGCAAUGCUAGAACAGUAGGUGGAGAAACAAACAGCAGUACACCAACAUGUACAGGUCACCCAUAGUAUCCCUGGAAAUUCAUUAAUGACUCUCUAAUGAUAAGGUUCUACAAACAAGCACAUUUUUUCAAGGGCUACACACAGAAAAAGGAGUGUCGGUUAUAACACCAUGCCAGCUCCAUACCUCAGUGGAGAAGAAUCCAUGCUCCCUCCAUAAUAGGUAAAACCUAUUAUGAGUACAGUGCUUCUGCACAGGAACUCAUCAAAACACUCCAGAGAAUACAGUCACACUAGGGCGAUUCAGAUGCAGAAAAGGGAGCAGUAUAGUUCCCUGUCUAAACAGCCACAGAAGCAGACGAGUGGCAUUGUGCCGCCCUGCCCCAGGUUUGUUCCACAUAGUAGCAGUGUUCUAUCAACAUAAAGAUUCUUCUGGCAGUAAUCCUGCUCACAUUGGGGCUUAGUGCUGGUGUAUUCCCCCUGCCCAAUUGGAAUUUGGGAUAGUAGCAAUCACAGCCUUUCCAUUGGGUGAAAUUUGAACUGGGAACACAUAGCCCCUGCCCUGAGGUGUUAUCCUAUACCAGCUCAUUCAGUUGGCUUUUUGAAGCACAGUUGAAGAAGCAUUUAGAAGGCCUGCUAACCAGAGGAUCAAGGAAGACAAGUCCCUUGAUGACAUUUUGCUCUUUGGCAAGGUCUGCUUGGCUGACAGCUUGCCAUAUUGUUAUCAUGGCUUCAUCAGUGAGGCAGUAGUGCACUGUUGGAUGCAGAAAGGACUGGUGAUGGGCAAAAGUCAGAACUGCAAAGGGCAGACUGAAUACUUGGGUUUCUCCUGCAGACAGCCACGAACCAAUUUCUAUGGGUUGUAUCCAGACUUUGUGUAAGCCUAGCAUCCCGUGGAAAGGCCUGUUAUAUAGUAUGGAGGGUGGCAGUAGUGGGGAGAGGGGAAUCAUCAAGAGUUGAUCAGAGGCUGCCUACUUCAGUGGGGAGAAGAGGACAGAAGGCACUCUGUAGUGUGAGCAGUCUUUUACACAUGCAGAGCCUGAAAAAUCCUAUAUAUGGAUUUAUAUAUUUAUUUUCUAUAUAACUAUAUCAAAAGCAUCUUGCAAAAACAAAAUGUCCAGUUGAAACAAUAAAAAUGUACAGAUAAAAAGCCGAAGGGCAGUUGUGACAGCAAAGAUGAAAUAAAUCAAAGAAAAGCAGGAAGUAUAUAGAUUGCUCAGUUAAAAGCCCUGGAGAAAAUAAAAGAUUUGGACACCCAAAGGACACCAGUGUUGGUGCCUCACAAACCUGCCUGGGGAAGGGGAUUAACAGGCAGGGCACUAGAAACAAGUGGUGGAGCGACUUGGGUGGGGCACCAUUGCUCUCUCGGCUUCCCAACACAGCAGGUCCCUGGUGCUUAUUGAGAGGGUAGGGGCAAGGUGUGGGAAGCUUGGCCCAGUGUAGGGUGUGGCAGUGGGAGCAUUGGAUUGACUGCUGCUGCAGGGCAGCAUCACUGAAAAGGUGCACUCUCUUGUUGGCACCUGUCUUAACAUCUUCCAGCAAGGGAAUCUUGAGGAGAACUUCCAAAGUAGAUCUUAACAACAUACUCCAGUCUGGUAAAGAAGUGUAUCACUGACAUCACCGGGGAGAUUCUAUGGAAGUUAACUGCAGGCUUCAGGACUCUGCACCUUUCUUUGAUAGCAGCAAUUAACUGAACAUGUUCCCAGUGCAGUACUGCAGGCACAUCCAUUCAAAAAGCAGAGUAUCUGUUAUAGCUAGGAUAAAGGAUUGUGGGAUGGGGAACUUGGCUGCUAAGUGAUUAAGAUCAUUUUACCAGUCCCCCUGCCUCCUCUUCUAUUGAGGGGAGGUAGCAUAUGCUACCGAAUAUCUGUAAAUCCUGUAUCUUGGCAGGUUUAGCUAAGUCAUGAAGAUUUCGAACAGUUAAUCAACUAUUCAACUCAUAUAUCUAUGCAGUUCUUGUAUAGAGACAAAGAUGGAAGGUGCUUUUUAAACUUCUUUAUUUUUCAGUUUCUAAAAAUACAUAUAAAAUUCCCCAUAAAGCCCCACUGCCCAAGAAAGGAAGAAGUAGUGUAUGUUUAAACUAAGACCAAAUGGACACUUAGGAACCCCCAUCAUCUGCAGUCUAGGAAUCUCAACAAGAAAACCUUGACGUUUGCAAACACAAGAGUAGGCAAAUUAAUGUAAAAUAAAUUUUAUCACUUCAAUCCAUUUUAUAAUUUAUGCCAUCAUUUGCCCAGAUUUCCUUUAUAUCUGAUUCACUUUGAUUGCCUAUGGGCAUUCUUUCUUUUUAAAAAAACAAACCUAAAUCCAUGAGCAGGGGCAUUCCCCCUUUCUGAUCUAUCAUUUACAAAAAUGUUUUGAAGGAAAUGCUGGAACACAGAACCCAAACUAGCCCUGUGUGCCUUGGAAACAAGACAGCUUGCUAACUAAGAUGCCUGUCUCCGCUCUAAACUGAAGAGUAUUACACAAGUGUGAGGCCCCUCCAAGAAUAUUUUUAACACAUGAAGUGAUUGCACAUUCAUAAACAUGCAGGUGUUCUUGAAUGGGAGAUACUCCAGCUACCCACACCUGUGCUAUUUGGAAGCUAUGCACAGUCAAAUAAAGGUGUGUAUAUUUGAAUGAUUGCAUAUUCAGACACACACCUGCAGCUAUUUGGCAUCGAGCCUUCUAGUUAUGGGAAGUAGGCAAUUGACGUGUAUCUACCUUGGUUGGUGCAGUGCUGUUCACUGUGGCAUUGCCACAAGGUCUGCAGUCUCGAGUUGUGAAUGAGAUGCUUUUCACAAGUUACGCUCAGAUAAGAGGUCCUUGGGGAACAGCCAGAUGCUGUAGGGAUCUGGUGGAUGCUUCUGUAAGUGCAGCCUAAGUGAGGACUAAACCAGUCUUUCACCCUCACAACAAAAGUGCCCUAUUACUAUAAACAUUGUCUUCUUUGGGGUAAUAUACCAUUUUGCCCCAUGGCUGGUUCUGUAACUACUAACUAUCCUAAGGAUCAAAGUUGUUGAGGCUGGUUGCCAGGCCAUAUGCCCAAGUAUUACAGUGACCCAGUUUUGAUGAGCAUAUCUUGGCUUAAUAAAGCUGAGAUGUGAGUGAGCCUUUUGCCUAAGGUCAUGGCCCCUUUCCUCCCUACCAUUUUGACACAAUUUCCCAUACUUUCCUGUUUUUUCCCAAACCUGGAAAUUAUGGUUACUAUCUUUGGAAAAACCCGGAAUUCUAAACCAACUUCAAUAUGUGGUCUACAUUCCUGGAUUGUUACAAAGAUGGUAACCAUCAUUUCUCAGUCUGGACAAAAUAAGAAGACACAAUUCAUUAGAAAAGGGGAGCCAACAUGGUGUCUUCCAGAUGUUGUUGGACUGCAGCUUCCAUCAUUCCUGACAUUUAGCUGGCUGAGACAGAUGGGAGCUGUAGCCCCACAAUGUCUGGAGGGUACCACAUCGCCUACCCUGGAAUUAAAGAUUCUUUUAAAAAAAAAAAAAAAUUAAGAAUAAUUUUUUAUUAACCGACCAAUCAGAUCAAAUCAAACCAAAUUACAUAAAUUCCAAAUUACAGAGCCGAAUUUUAAUUUUUUUGGGGGGGUACCCAUAUUUCAAGUUCCGAAGGGAUCCAAUCAACUUCUUGCUUCUUACUGCUGUUUUAAUGUCCACAAAUCUAACCUUAUGAUGUUCACAGUACUAUCCAGUCCUUUCUUAUUAUUUUUCCACAUCUCUUGUUGUUAUUUUCAUAUAUUUUUCCUUUCUCUUUGUGACCUCUGAUAGUCUCCGCAAGCUGGUUAGAACAGUUUGUAAUCCUGCAUGGAUAUUAUUUUUUUAUCCAGUAGCCAUAUCCAGACGUUUUCCAUAUAACAUCACUUCCAUACAUCAAAACAGUCUUAGCGUCAUUAAUCUUCACCAAUCUGCCUCCUUUCUCAAAACCUCUGAGGAGAUUCACUAGGAAUGCAGUCUGAAAACAAAUCCGUUCUUCCUCCCGGCUGUAAAUCCUUUGGCAAGAUGGCGACUCCGAAUUAAUUGCUGCGCCAUUCCCAAAAGCUCUUAUUGCUUCUCGGUCUCCAUAAAGCAUACUUUUGGUUAAAGUUUAUCUCCACACAGACCUUAAUCAUCCUGCUUGGGUCAGUUCAACCGACGGUUCUAAUGAGGAGGGGUUCUUGUAAAUCACAUAGAAGGAAAGUAAAAAAGGUUAUCCCCCCCCCCAUUCAGCCCCGUUGUCAACAUACCCCGCCUUUGGUGUAUCUUCAUCGUAAAAUAUUCCUGUUUCUCCAGCCCGUCGUCUUCUUUCGCAGAGGUCACUUAAAUUAGCAGACUUCACCCCCUUCUUCACUUGAAAUAUGUGCAUUUGCUUCUUUUGUAAUUAAUUAUUCCAAAUUGCUGCAACUAGUGCGCGAUCAGAGACAGCGUCCAGGAGAGCCGAUGUCCACACGGGGGCAUUCUGCCUAGGGCCCUCACCCCCUUCUUUCGAAUUAGGGGGUGAUUUAUGGGCACAGCAGGCAAGGGCAGUGUUCCCCAUUUCCUUGGGGCAACAAGGGAGGCUGCCUACUCCCAUAACAGCCUCUUAAUUACCCCGUGUGGGUCGGAGAGAUGGUAUUGUCGGCCAUCUUCCAAUGCGCCCCCUAGUGGCCCCCUGGAAUUAAAGAUUCAGGUAGGUAGCCGUGUUGAUCUAAGGCAGUCAAAAUAAAAAUAAAAAAAUUGAAAAUUGUCCAGUACCACCUUAUAGACCAACUAAGUGUGUUCUGGUAUAAACUUUUGUCUGAAGAAGUGUACAUGCACACAGAAGCUUACACCAGAACAAAUUUCAUUGGUCCAUAAGGUGCUACUGGACAAUUUUUUAAUUUUUAAUUUUUAUUUGAAUUACAGACUUCCUGCUUUAAUUGCAACUCACAUGAAGGGAGAAGGUAAAUGACAGCCUGUUUCGAAAUGGCUUGUUCUUCUUUCAGCUUGUUAAGAUAUGAUCAUCCAAAUGUGGCCACUGUCUAGCUUAUUUUCAGUUGGAUAAUAUAAGCUAAAAUUUGGGCUGAAUGCAUUGAUUUUCUGGAAUCUUUUCUUGCUGGCUGUAAGUUGUAAAUGGCUGACAAUAGCCGGGGUAAGAAAAUUUUCCAUCCAACCCACAAAAAGGAAGAAGACAUUAUGGGGAGUGAGAAGACACUGAUGGGAUAUAAAGAGCUAUGUGAUGAACAAUUUUUCAAGACCCCCUGCUUCCCCUUCUGCUGAGGUGUGGAAGUGCAGUGAGUCCCCCCCCCACACUGAUUAUGUAAUUAUAGACACAUUUUAGUAACUUAUCACUUGGUAAAUGGAUGUUUGUAUUCACACACGCCAAAAUAAAUAUCUGUGCUGAAUCUUGCCAAGGUACAACCAUCCACUAUCAGAAUAAUGGGGAUUUUCAGACAUGAUAUAUAGGUGAAUAAAAGUUUUCCUGACUGCAGGUUCCUUAAAAAGGAAGUAAUGCCAAGUCAAUGUGAUUGGAAAUGGGCUAUUAUUAUUUCCUGGCUAAUGUUGCAUUCUAUUUUGCCUUUUUUUAAGAUUUAUGUCAUUGAUAGUGCAGAUAGAAAGAGAUUUGAAGAAACGGGUCAGGUAAGUAAUGCACACCUUCAUGAAAUCGCUUUACGCCUUUUUCUAUAAUGUAUAUAUAAUGUAUAAAUACAUAGAACACUGUCAGACAUUUGAAAAGGGACUGAUGUACAGUUUGCUGUUUUAAAAGCAAGCUAAGCCUUGUUAAGUUUAAAUUAUUGUUUUCUGCCAAAUGAAUUAAUGAAUGUUUAGGCUACUCUUCUGAGUUUUUAAGCUCUUUUCUGUUUUCCUCAAGUAAAACCCACAGAAAUAGGAUUGUUCUGUGGGGACAGUUAAGACUGGUACAGCUAUAUCCAUUUCUAGCUAUCUGGCUACCAUAAUUAAGACUACAGAGAUUUGUAUAGCAUACAGGGACAUAGUGCUCAAUUACAGAAUACACAGCAUGGAUGUGCUUCUAUAAUAAUGUGCUAGUGGUGGUGGACUACAAAGUGCAUCAGAAAUAAUCGUGCAUUGAUAAUCUUCAACAACAUCUGUAAAGGACUUGCUAACCACCCAUCUAUGAAUUCUGUUCUACCUCUGCCGGUAUUGUUCCUUCUGGUACCUUUCACUGCAAGUUUAGGACUGAAGGGUUUAACAUUCCCAGGCACCUGCCCAUUAUUUUAGGCCUGUUUCCUUACAGUUCUAAGGCCAUCUUACAACAAGUUUAGAAUGAGAUUUAGCAGGCUCCAUUCCCCAUUUUCUUUAACUAUCUAAUCCCUAACGCAUUCAUUGAUAUUAUCAACAAAUGAUGUCUGUAUGAGCACUUUGCAUCCCUUUUAGUAGCCAGAACAGCUGCCUUUUAUGAAGAUGAGCUUGUUUCUGGAUAGAGAUUUUAUCAGUGAUGUCCUAUGCAUGAAUUACAGUAGAUUAAACUGGAACAAAGUUCAAAGCUUGCUCUUAGCAUUCCUGCAGAAUUUGAAGCAUAUGUAGGAUAAAACCACCUGUUUUCAAGGGCCGCUCCAUUCUACUAGCAAGUCAAGUUAUAACUGUGCCAGCAUGUAUUUUUGCUGCGUCAUCAGUGCUGAUCUCUAGAGGGUUGGGAUUGACAGUGCCUUGAAAACAACUGGUAAUAUUGGACUGAGCUAAAACUUUCUCCGUUCCAUAGACAGAGGGAUUUGCUUUUAAAUCUUUGUCUCAGUAAUUGUAUGUACCAGUUGCUUGUUUUACCAUAACAUCUGUGCUUUGUUGAAACAUUAGCAUUUACUAUUUUCCCUAUAUGUUACUAAAACAUGUACAACUACUUAGAUACAACAGUCAGCCUCCCAUUGCCAAAGGCUUUUUAAAAAUACUGGCUGCAUCUUUAUGAUUCUUACAGGAGCUAGCGGAACUCUUAGAUGAAGAGAAGCUAAGUGGUGUUCCUGUGCUCAUCUUUGCGAACAAACAAGAUUUGCUGACGGCAGCCCCUGCUGCAGAGAUUGUAGAGGGUCUGAACUUGCACACGAUCCGUGACAGAGUCUGGCAGAUUCAGUCUUGUUCGGCCCUCACAGGAGAGGGUGUGUCGGUGAGGAGGCAAUGUUUAUUCUGGCAGAAUAGCCUUUCCACUGGUCUGAAUGAGAAAUGCACACACACACACCCCUAUUCUGGAUCGUAAUGUAUGAUGUAUUUAUUGCAAAACUGGAAACUCAACAAAACAAAGCAAAAAAUGUGUAGCUUGGUGUGUGGAGGGAGGUAAAGACUUCUAACACAGACUGAGGCUCUCUCAUGAGAUUCUCCCUCCUCCUUAAACUUAGAGUCUCCAUUACAUCAUUAGGGUCUCAUGAUGCUGUUUCAACAUUGCUUGCCUGAUCUAUAUACAUAUACUGUAGGGUGGUAUUCAACUAAGUUUUAUUCAGAGUAAAUCAAAAUUCAUAGUCUUAACUUGGCCAUUUUCAUUUACUUCAAUGGGUCUUCUCUGAGUAAAACAUUCGGUAGUUGACUACCACCCAUAGUCAGGCUGGCUUGUCAACUACAACUUUCAGUGAAUUUUCUAUUUCCAGUGACCACUUCCCACCAGGCAGCAUUCUGUCUUUCAUUCUCUCCCCCUGCCCCCGCUCUCUCUCUUACACACAUACACACUUUAAGGAAGGAGACAAACACUUCAUUUUGGGAAACUCUUCUAUAAAAAAAAAUUGUUUGGCAAAAUACCUUGCAUUAUAUUAAUAUUAAAUGCAUCAUGGGCCCAAUGGAACAUUCUUCCAGUUGAGGUUAGACAGGCCCCCUCACUGUGGAACUUCUGGCACCUACUGAAGACUUUUUUUUUUUGGUUCCAACAGGCAUUUUGGUUGUAGUCUGAUUUUAGAGUUUUAACUGAAUUUUACCUUUCCUUUGCAUUGUAGUUCAUCUACAUCACUUGGAGACAAUUGUAUCUAAGCAGUAUAUAAAUUGAUAAAUUUGCAGUGUGCAAAGCCCUCAGUGCAGUGUGUAAAGAACAUAUCAAAAUAAAAAUAGUUGAGCAUUAGCUGCUCAACAUAAAUUACACAUACACAUGCACAUACAUCACUAGAUACAGAAUAAGAAAGUGGCCACUCUGAUCUCAUAUUAGAUUAGUAAAUUGGAUUUUGCUAGCUUUGUGUAUCUUGUGGUGGUAGCAAUGGAGAGCAGUAUCCUAUAAGCUAUUUUAAUUGGUCUCUGUUUUUGAAUGUGACAGCUUUUCAUUUCUUUGAAAACUGGACACCGAUAGUGAGCCAGUCAUACAAACUGCCCACAGAUGGUAGAAUGAAACAUUGCCUAUGCUGCAGAUACGACACUUAAACACUAUGGCCCCCAUCCAGGUUGAUUCAUAGGCAAUUAACUAUAAAUUCUGGUGGCUUUGUAAGGAUGAGGAUGCACAACUGCAUACAGAUCUAUACACAGAUCACAACAGAUCAUUGAGGCCUGGUUGAGCACCACAGUGUGGAUGGGGAGACCAGUGAGCAUCUGUCAUGCAUGUGGAAGGUUAUUUCUGCACACAAAAUAUCCCUUGCUGGAUUGGUACACAUCUGUCCACUCAGAUAUCUGGGGCCUCUCUUUGAGCUUUCGUUGGUUUAGGAAACAACUUAUACAAAGGAAGCUGAGUUACAACUGUUGGUUGGCAUCCAUCUGUCUAGGGAGACAAUGGAAAAGUGCUCCUUCGGAUGUUAAGUCAAACCAUUGGAGAGUUAAAGCGCCUGCUGUGGCUGUAGAGAAUGAUACGGGAGAGACGUGUUUUGUUGCAGUUGGGUCAGAUGGAGGCAUCUUGUUGUACUGAUACAGGUGUACCAUGGCGUUUCUUCUUUAUGUGCUCCUUCCAGCGGUCAUUCCUCCUCUGUUCACUGCUGUGAAUACAUGACCUGAUUGUCCACAGGCACAGCAAUAAUCUGCAAGGGAUUCCCAUGCAGCAUGGUUAAUGUUUCCAACCUAAUGGAUCCUGCCAUCUUUUAUUCUGUGGACAGGACGAAUCCAGUGUAGACAUCACUGAGACAGGAAUGUGAACACAUUGGGAAUGAGGGCUUGGGAGAGCACAAGCUGUCCUGCCAUGUAAUGCCCAAAAUCUUCCUGAUGCGGUCCAUGUAGAAGGCAUUGAGACAUCGUUGCUCCUGGCGGUUGUAAGUUGCCCAUGACUCGCUUCCAUAAAGCAGUGUAGCUCAACACGCAAAUCUGAUAGACCUUCAUCUUGGUACUGGUCAUUAGCAUCACAUUUUCCCAUACUCUCGUGGAGUGGUAAGCCACUGACGUAGCUGCCUUGCCAAUAAGCUUGACCUGCUCACAGGAGAAGUAGCUUGUUAUGCUAGACCCCAGGUAGACAAAAUCAUCUACCACCUCAAGCAUGCGCUCACCAAUGCUGAUGCAUGGAGUGUUGGCGACACCUGGAGAAGGUGCAUGGAGAAGGUGACACAUCCUGACUCAGGAUGUUGUUCUUUGUCAGGCUAACGAUAAGACCGCACUCCAUGCAAGCUUAGGCAAAACAGUUGAUGAGACUCUGUAGAGCUUCCUCUGAGUGCUCUGUCAAGGCUGCAUCAUCUGCAAACAACAUCUCUUGGAUAAAGACCUGUUGCACUUUUGUCUUGGCAUGGAGAUUUGCCAGGUUGACCAGACCCCCGUUGCUCCUUGAAUGGAUUACACGCUGUCUUUAGUCAAGCUGAAGGCAUAUGAGAGCAACAGGGAGAAGAAGUUGGGGCAAGAACACAGCCCUGUUUCACACCAUUCUUUAUAGGGGAGAUGUCCGAGGAUGAGCCAUCAUACUGGACAGUGCUGCACAUGUUCUCAUGAAAGGACAUGAUCAUCUUGUGUAGCCUAGGUUGGUGUCCUAUCUUACUGAGUAGUGUAAAGAAUUGUUUUUGGCUGAUGUGGUCAAAGGCCUUUGACAGGUCUAUGAAGGUGACACAAAAGGGACACCUCUGCUCUCAGCAGCUGAUGCAAUGAAAAAAUCAUGUUGAGUCUUAACUUCUGAGCUCUAAAGCUGCAUUGCGACUUGGGAUAGACCCUGUAGUGAGUGACUUUAAUCUGUUGAGAUCUGGGCAAAGGCUUUCCUUCCAGUAAUCAGGAAGAUUCCUUGGUAGUUGUUACAAUCAUGGCAGUCAACUUUGUUCUUGUCGAGGGUCAUAGUGCUGGAGCAGUGCAUGUCUUGUGGCGCAGAUCCUGUUUCCCAGCACAGCAAGAGAAGGCUAUGGAGGUGCAUCACGUCCUGUCCUGGGGCUUUACCACAUGCCUGAGAGUUGAUGGUGUUCUUCAGCUUGUCAAGGGGAGGGACAUCCAGCUCUUCCAAGACAGACAGAGUCUGGAUGCUGUCAACUGCUGUGCUAGCAACCAUGUUUUCUUGCCAGUACAGUUUUUGUAGUGUUCUGCCCAUUGCUGCAUCUGCUUGCUGCGGUCUGUGAUAAUCUCUCCAGAUAAGACUUUUAGUGGUGCAGUUUUCCCAUUAGUCCAAAGGCUUUCUUGAUGUCUCCGUAUACUUUUCAAGUAUUGCCACUAUUAGCAGUGAGUUGAAUGUUCUGACACGGCUUUCGCCAGUAAUCAUUGGCACAUCUUUGCCCAGUGGCCUGGCAAUCAAGAGAUUCCAGUGUGCCCUAAAUGUGAAGUUUAAAGAAUAGUUAAUUUGUGCAUUGAAGCUGAGGUAAAUAUAGAAGAAUUGUUGCUUCAGCUCUUCAGGAAAAAGGAGAUGUAGUGUUUCAGUCCUAGUUCACAGCAUUAAAGAACCACCCUAGAGGCUGGUGACAGAACAUGGAAGUGUUAUCAGAUAUUUAUUUAGAAGGCUAUAAAGAGAAAGUAAAUAUGCCAGCUGGGAGGAGGGAAGGUACCCAGGAGGCUGUUGCAUGAAUAACAAGAGUGCAUGUUGGCAACAGUGGAUUUGAAAAGAAAAUAGGACUUUCUGUGGAACAGAAACGUACAGAGAAUGAGUUAAUAGGGAACGGUUUGUGACAGCCCCAGGGCAGAGUAUCAAAAAAAGAAUAAAUAAUGACAGCAAACGAAGGAGAAAUGGUUUGAAGGUCAUUUUAAUUAGUUUCGUAGAUUAAGCUAUAGUCUGCAGAACUCAGUAGUUAAGGCUGGGGAUUUCAAGGUUAAUGAGAUUACAUUAUGGUUAAUAAAUUAUAUACAUUUAGAGAAUUUAACUAUUAUUUGAAAUGGGUUUCUUUAAAUAAAAAUGUUAAUUAAGAAAGGAAUCCGCUGCAAGCUUGCCCUGUAUCUAUUUGAUACCAGUGAAAGGUUCUGAUCAAGAGGCUUUGAAUGUAAAGAGUGCCCCCGGUUUAUUUCCAUGAGCAGUAAUGUAGAGCAGCCCCAUUGUUUAUAAUUGACUCUCACUCUCCUUCAAUGCACCAGUCAGGCUUCCUGCCAUUGUUCAGAGAAGAUAAUUUUUUACCAUACCCAGAUUUGUACCAGGCCUUUUGUUCUUCUCAUUUAACAAGCUAAAGAGAGACAGGAGCAGGCUGGCUAGAAAUAUCCCUCAUACUACAGAAUAAGGGAUCAGUCAGCUCAGCGCUUCUGUUUGCCAGUACACAACUCAGGUUUAUAAGCUGACAUGUGAAUUGCCACAAAAGAGACUUGUGGCAUUUAUGCUUCUCCACCCCCGCAUCCACAUGUGCAUUUAGCACACAGACACCCACACACACUGUCAGCACUUGUGAAAAUACCAGACACCAUUCUCUAGAAAAUGUGUUUGCAGGCACGUGAUGGGAAAGCCCAGAACAGAAGCCAGUCUUCUGAGUGAAGCUACUGUAGUUUUCCUCCAAGCAAUAAGGGCCACAAGCAACUGGAGCUGACAGUACUCAGCUGAAUAAAUGCCAAUACCUUUUAAAUCUAAGUCCUUCAUAAUUAGGAUAGAAUUUGAAGUAUAUUUGGCUCUGGAGUUUUAUUUAAACAGAAAUAAGAGGGGAAUAGAGUUGCUGUAAAAGACUGCCCUUUUUCUUUUUUAGAAAAGGACGCCACAAUAUAUUUUAUUAUUUAUUAAUUAUACUACCAAUGUGUUUUCAUUUCAACAUUCAUUUCAUUGUUUUCAUUCAUGUACUAAAUCAAACUAAAUGGCAAUGGGAGCAAUGACUUCACCGUAAUGUAUGGGUUUAUAUUUUUGUAUUAUAAUCUUACAAAAUUUGUAAACCUUGAAUGGCGUCAGGUCGUUUUCUGAAAAGAAGUCUUCCACAUCACCAGCUGAUUACUGGUGCAGAUAUCCUGGUUUGGAGGCUUUACUGUAAAAAAGAAUAUUCUGUAUUUCCUUUUUAGUACUACUCUUACUGCAGUGACCUUUUAUUACAGCCAAUGAUAGUUGGGGGAGGGAAAUACCUUUUCACCUCUUUUUAUCCCCUAGCCAUUGUCCUUCCUUUCCCCACUACUCUGUGCGUACUACGUUGCAAUUCACUCAUCGUUGUUUUUAAUAAGUUAUUGGGAAGUCUGUUCACUUGUCUUGACACAUUUGCAAAUAUUGUAUAAAGGCCUUGAAGAGUCUAUGAUCAUGGGAGACUGCUUGAUUGCUUGAUUCCAGGAGACAAAGGAAUGUGCAAGCAGGUAAGAAAUUAGUGGGUUUUAAAUAUUAACAGAGGCAGAGAAAGGCCAGUAGAGAUGUCCAUGCCAUCAGGUGUCCAAGACAGGACUGUGAUCAUACAAAGAGGCACAAAAGGAGAUGGCUGGAUUUUCUAACUAUUUUUAACUCAUCUAGCCUAGUUGGUAAUGGCAGAUUCCAGCCAAUGAGAAACACACACACUGACACCUGGAGUCAUUUGAUCUUUAUGCACUAUCAUUAUUGGGAGACAACUGCCUCUUGCUAUGUAAGUUAAAUAAGGUUAAUCAGAUGAUUGAAAUAGGGGCUGUACUUAAAACAUUGCCAAUCCUAUUCCCUUACUUCUGGUUUAAUUUUUUCUGUCAGUUUGUAACUGCACUUGUGAUGUUGUGUUUAGCCAUGUAUAAAAUACACUUAUGCUGGCAUUGUGGUAUAUAGAGUAUAGGCACAAAAAUAUAAAUGCUAUGGUAUAAACAUUAUUUGAAAUUAUCUAUUUAUAUAGUUACAAUGGAGCAAAACACACACACACAGAGAGAGAGAGAGAGAGAGAGAGAAAGAACAAGAACAAAAAAAGAAACCCUAAUCAUACAUAUACUGGCUGUGACUAUCCAGCAUUGUUCUUGGCAUCUUUAUGAAUAGUUCUAUGAGAACAUCAACUUGGUGUACAGCAAUGACAAUCUCAAAUUUCAGAUUGAUUUUUUAAAAAGAGAAUAAAAAUAAACUGCUAUCAUAAUAACUAUAUAUUACGCAGUGUGGUCACAUUUGGUAUACUGUAUACAAUUAUGACCAAGUCAUCUCAAAAAGAGUAAGGUAAAGAAGGAAAGGGUAGGAAAAAAGCAACUCAAAUGACCAAGCAGUGGGAGCUUCUUCCGUUAGGAAGGUUAAAACAUUUGGGGGUUUUUUUAGUUGUUUUUUUUAAACAGUAUCCCUGGAAGGACAUAAUACAGGUUCACAAAGUAUGUAUGUUGUGGAAAGUGUGGACACUCUGUCUCAUAACACUACCACUUAGGGCUACCUAAAUGACAUUGAUUGGUGGUAGAUUGAGAAGAAACAAAAGGGGCAUUUGUGAGACUUCCGGGAGAAAAGAUGGCUGACUAGUCGUCUACUACCAACACGCCAUCAACAGAGAUAAUUACAUGGUGAUUAAUGAUAGCCAAGAUGUAAAUCUUGGUUAUCACAUUCUCUCUUUGAAAAUAGGGGGAUCAAAGGCAUUAACCUCUAAUGCUCUGAAGAAUGCUGCUCUUCCCUCCAGAGAUCAGGAGGUUUUCAGAUGCAGUGAGGAACUUGGAGUGAGGAACCACCACCAUGCCCAGACACCACAUAGUAGCCCUAUGCCUCAGGGCAUUAGGUCAAUUAAACCUCCCUUCUUUUAAUUACCUCUGAGACUAUGAUGAAUUACUACUGGGGUGAUCUAUCUGCCAAUUAAACUUUCACGCGGAAUGUGAACUGACUGCUGGCAUAAGAAGAGGCAUUAAUUAACAGGCUGAAAAUAAAACAAAAAGCAUAUUUUAACUGUUUGCGACUAAGAAAGAUUAUAAACAGAUAAGAGAGCUGUGGUUGUUAAAAAUUUUCAUUUAUAUUACCUUUAACUCUCUGUACCUUUUGUGGAGUAUUGACUGCAAAAGUGAAACUUAAUCCCUUAACCAUGGGAAAGGAAUGUGCUUUGGUAAAGAGAGAGACACAAGUUUUCAAGGCAGAGACUAGGUAAAAGUACUGUUGAACAUGCCACUGACUUAUAGUGUCAUGAGUCAAUUAUUGGGUGAGGAAUUAAAAGAGCUCAGAGCUGAGAUGCAUAAAAUGUUGAAUGAAAAUGGAACAGAGAAAGAUCAGACAGAGCCUGGGGCGGGGGGGGGGGGCAUACUGCCAGAACAUGAGAGUGGGAUGGUAAAGUUGGAGGCAGUAAAUGAUGAAAUGGAGAGGACUGCCACAUAAGUGCCUAGAGGUGUAGAAUGGACAAACGAUGGAGGUGUGAUGCUGGAGAAGUGGAACAAAACCACUGACCAAGACAUUAAGAAACCUCUUGAGAUGGCAGAGAUAGGGCUGACAGAGAAAGUAUUCUGUGUACAAUUUGGAGUGAGUUUAAAGGAAAGAUCUACCAAACUUCUGGCGAUGCACUUGGAAAAAGAAUGGAAGAAAUGGAAAUAGAAGGAGCCCCCCCCCCUUAUUUUUCUUUCAUUAAAUUAGGAUGGAAAAUCACAGCCAACAGGAAACAAGAUUAGAAUAUAUGGAAGUGGGUAUGAAUCAAUGAAUAUACUACAAGUAAAUAACUAUGGAUUAUUAUUCUAAUAAUGGAAGUUGGAAUUUUAUGGAGAUAAAGUUGUCAUACCAUACUGGAGGAAAAUUAUUAUUAACAUUUAGUGACAGUAACAAUUGGAGAGCCCCUUUUAGACUUUUUGUGUGAAAAGGAAAAGGAAUAAACUUAAGAUAUGUGUGGCUGAAGAUUGGAAAAACAUUGCCUAGCAGAUCGAGAAACAGCUGGAUAUUUUCCUAGAAUACAGCUGGAUACCAUCCUGGAGUGAACACUUUGGAUAUUUUGAAUAAUCUUUAUAGAUAUAAUUGACAGACGGAGAAUCUGAAGUCGUUUUAUUUCUAUCCUCUCCCCUCUCUUUUUCUUUUUCUUUUCUUUUCCUUCCUGUCUUUUUUCUUUUUCUUCCUCCAUCUACUUUGCUUUUGCUUAUGUUUUAUUUUGUUUGUCGAUGUCCUCUACUCUGAGGGUAUGCACAGGAAGGUGAUGGAUGACUGGCGAAAGACCCUGUGUGAGAGGCAGGGAAGGGAAGAACUCCCAAGGUGGGAGGCUGGGAGAAGAAAGGGAAGCUUUCAGGGAGGGGUCCACCCUCUUCUGUGUGAGACAAGGAAAGGGCCUCUAUCUUUGUUUUCUUCUUUAUUCUUACUUAGAUUAGUUUGUUUUUCAUUAUAUUGUAUGGUGAAAAGUUGCAAUUAAAAAUUAUGCAAAAAAAGAAGAAACAAAAGGAAAUACUAUUCCACAUAAUACAUUAUGAACCUCUAUAAGGGGUGGUGACAGCCAUUGGUUUAGGUGUCUUCAAAAGGGACCAGACAAAUUCAGGGAGGAUAGGGAGUUAAAUGGAACCAUCACAUGCAGAGGCAGUACACUUGUGAAUAUCUGGUGCUGGGGACAUACAACAAGGGAAGUGUAGUUGUCUUUUGUGCCCUGUUUGUGGGCUUUCUGAACGCAUCUGGUUCUCCGUUGUUGGAAAUAAGAUGUUGCUCUAGAAGGGUUUUUUAGUCUUAUCUAGCCAAGCUCGUCUUACUGUUAAAUAAAAUAAAAUUGUAAUGCAGAUGUAACAACAGCCUUACUGAUUUUAUUUUCAAAUUUCUGCUUCUCUAAUUACUAGCUUCCUGUUUCUUUCCCUGCUGGCAAAUAGCCACCAAUUCUUUACCAGAAUUUGAUCCCAUUAAGCUGAUCUCUGCAUUUUAGCUAUCUGAUGAGAACAUUUAUUUCCCAUCAUUGAACUUGAUACUGACAAUUAUUUGUGUGGAGUAUGGGAAACGGUUUACCUGCAGAUUAAAAAAAAAUGUGUGUGUUUUAUCCUCUUUGAUCCAGGGAAAUUGAUCCUUUUCCCCUUGUAGUCUCUGUGUUAAUUUCACACACUCAUUCCCCACAAACCAAUUAGGGACAGUCAGAAUUCUCUUUGAACCAGCUCUUGCUAUGAAAGUGAUUUUUGGAUGAGUUCCUGCCUUCAAAGUAAAGUGACCCAGAUAUGAAUUGAAAAGCCAUUUGGAGUUCACCUUUCCUCCUGCAUAGUGCCUUGUCAUUCUUUUGCCCUUGUUAUACAGUCAGGCUCACAGCCACAGUAAAUCCCAUCAUAAACUCAGCUUUAUGAGUCUCUGCUGUGCAGUGUUCAGGUAGCUGAGUUUCCCUUUGGCUGAGCUCCUUUGUGGCAUUGGGCAGUGUUAGAGUCCCUCUGUAUGGGUAGGUUCUGGUCUGCUUCUACCCGGGAGAUGGGGUGCCUGGUGGUUGUUUUGCAGGGAUGUAUCGUUUAUGGGAUUGUUGUGCUGAAUAUCAAAGGAGUGUCAGCAGAUAUUUAUGACUUGAAGCUGUCUCAGCUCUUCUGCUUCAGCAUAUAAACCUACAUUCAAAAUGAACGAGGAGUGCUGCUUGCCUUGUAUUCCAUGAUGUGUGCAAACACGAUUACUGCUUUAGAGGCAACAGGAGCAGCAAAAACUGUUGCAGAAAGCUCUGUUAUUUUUUUAAAAACUGCUCUAUGCAAACAUUUACUUCCAGCACUUUGACUGAUGUAUGUAAGGCUCUUUCAGCAUUUAGAAUUUCUUCACAAGGUCUUGGGUAGCAAGGGAGCAUGUGUCCUUGGUGGUGUAAGGGCAAACAAGCAGCUGUAGGGAGGAGCAGGCAACUUGUUGAGUUCUGAAACAUUCUACCAUUACUUUUGGGAACCCCACCCAAACCUUUUUUCUGGGGUAUUUUCUACAAUGAACAUGAGUCAACUGUACUGGAACUUGCUGUGCAUGCAUGUCCAUUAACAAAUUAAUCCACACGUGCUUUUAUAUUUUUUUUAAAAGGAAGCUGAAAUCUGCAGGCCUUCCAGUUAUGCUGAAGACAUUACAGUAUACACAGCAACAUGCUCAGCUCCGACCAUUCAUUCUUGCUGACACAAAACUGUGGGCUAUUAAGAUUAAAUCAGAGAGGGCUGGGGACUUGGGUAAAGGUGCAUGAAAACCAGCAUUCUUUGUAUGUCAUUUCCUAGGCUUUCUCCUUUAUUCAAAAUAUUGUACGUCAUUGGAGAGAUUUGUGAUUGGACUAGACUGGCCAAUCUCCAAGCUCUCCAAUGAAAAGGAUGUCAGCAAGGCUAGAAGGACCUCAGCCUGAGACUUGGGAGGACCACUAAUAGAUGGGCCAGCUUUCUGAGUUGCUAUAUGCUCUUGGUAGUUCUACAUCCCUGCCUCCUUUGUUAUUAGUGCAUUUCUAAGUGCAGUUCCUUUUGCUAAUACUUUAUACCUUUGCAGCUGUGCAUUUUGCCACCUAUACUGCCAUAAUAAUAAUAAUUAAUAAUAAUAAUUUUAUUAUUUAUACCCUGCCCAUCUGGCUGGGUUUCCCCAACCUUGUUAAUUUCAUCUAUUAAAAAUUAUUUAUUGGAAGCUAUUUUGUGAUCUCAUCUGCGGGUAUCUCUCUAUCUUUUCUCCAUUUUUUGGCAACUGCAGAAUAUUUAUCAGGGUGUGUAUGGAUGCAGCUGAGCAAAUUUAGCAUUUCAUAAAUGGGAGGAGACGAUGAAAAUCUCAAAGCUGCAGUCCCAGGACUAGGAAGCACACAUGUAUGGUGCAAAAGUUAAAUUGAACGUGACAAAGGUUUCUGUGUGGUUACAUCCUAAGAUUGUAUACUGCUGAGUUAGCAAAGGAUCCUUGAUAUUCCUUUGAAUUUAGAUUUACAGUCCAUCCUCUUCAAAAUAAAGCAGGAUAAUAACAAACACACAGUUGUAAGUGGGUGGAUCCAUGUUACAAUUAAAGCUAAAGAGGGUCAUGUUGACAGAAAAGCCUGAUAAAAAGGCAGUAAUUCAUAGUCCCAUAACUUUACCAACAAGACAAGGGAUGUAAGAUUAAGAAGGGCCAUUUGUAGAUCAGGUUUCCUAACCAUGGUUGCACUAAGCGAAAUUUGAAUGUGUGUUUGCAAAAUGAGAGUUUAUUGUGAGCUGGGCAAAAGCUGACGCUUUCCUCUCAUCUAAUGUUCCAUUUCUUUGUUGUCUUGUUUUUGAAGGAUGGCAUGAACUGGGUCUGCAGAAAUGUCAUUGCAAAGAAGAAGUAAAUGAACUGCGUUGCAUGGAAUUGGAGGGGCUGCAGGAGCCAAACACGCUAGCUGGCUGCUAGCAUCUGACCAAAUAUUUUUCCAUCUGUGUGCAGCUAUAGCUGUUAGAAAUGGGAACAGCAGCUAAGCCUACUGCCCAAAUUCGAACUUUACCUUCUCUCUAGUAUCAUUUCCCUCCACAUAUGCAUUUCUUCCCCCCACCCCUACCCCUUUUGGCAUAAAUAGUAUUGAGAGUCUCCACAUUCAUCUGACUAAAGAAUAAGAACUGAAAACAGGAGCAGAUUGAAGUCUGCCAUAAAGACUUCCAAUGGGUUCCGCAGAGUGUAGGAUGAUCAUAGCAACGUGUACGGGAGCCUGCUUCAGUUCUGAAGUCACUCAGGAUGCUCACCUGGUGCCACUCAAAGCUUUUCUCAUCAGCAAAUGAGCUGAUGUAUUAUUAGCAUCUGUGCUUCAGUUUUAAAACAAUACAUUACUUUGUAGAAUGCUGGCAAGACACUCCUAUGGCCUCAUGAAGAGCCUUUAUUAUAGCGAGAUACCCAGGUGUCUGCCCUUCCUUUCACAGAGACGUGCGUUGUAACUCAAGUUCUUAACAGUCUGAAUGUUAGAAGCAUCAGAGUGCUAGAGAUGCUGUCAUUAUCAAAUAAAACAGUGUCAGACUGCAGUGCAGUGUUGCCUUUUUGGUUGGUGUAAACAGACCAAGAGCUCUUUGACAUUCAGUCUCGUCGCACUGUAAAAACCCUCCAUGAGGGUGGAGUUUAACAGCAUAUAGUGGUAGUCAGUUUAGUGCUCUUUCAGUCUUAACUGCAGUGAACUGGUUAAUUUAGGGGGGCGUGUUUUGAGAAGAGCUUUUGGUAGGCUGCACCUGCCUCCUAUAAGCCAUGUAGCAAAUGUGCUUCUCCCAAGUAGUCCAGACAGUAAUAGACUGAGAUUAACAGGUUCAAUGUCAUAUCCAAAUGAGUUGUUGUGGGUGUAUAGUCUGGGAUUGCUUUUUUGUGAGUCUGCACUGCUUCCUGCACUGUUAGUUUAGAACUACAUUUCAGAACUAUCUGUGCAGGAAGUAACAGUCUGGAUGUGUUCAAAAAGAGAUGUCCCUCACUUCAGGAAAUACCCAACCAAUUUAAGUUGCAGUUUAGAGCAAAAGGUAUAGAUAAAUCCCUGGCAAGAGAAGCAUUCCUCUAUCAGUCCUAAGAAGAAAAGCCCAGAGUCUAUAACUUCUUAAAUACAGAAUAUUCGUUAGGAAAAUGCAUGAAGGAUGCACUCUCUCCUUUGAGGGAAUAGUCAUAUAUAGUAUGAUUGCAAAAUCUCAGCAUAUCGCUACAACACCAGGAAAUGACAUAGGAGGCUGCUUCUCGCCGCUGGGUCAUCUGCUAGAUUUGUCCAAGUUCAAAGUAAUUUGGCGAGGGCAGUCUUGCAUGCAAUGAAUUUAGCACGCAGCAUGCAGAUUAUAACCAGAGUAUAGGGCAGAAAAUGCCAUGGCAACUAUAAUGCCCUUUCUCAUUCCUAGUGGGAGGGAGUAAACUUGCUUGCUAAACCUUGGGCAAUGUGUAUACAUUGUGGAGAGCCAGAGCACAAUAGCUGCUUUCAGACAUUUCUUGACCAUAUUAUCCACUGUCACUAUAUUGUCUUUUUUUUCUUUUUCUUAUUCCUUAUUAAUCUGAAGAGUGUAUUGGCAAUAAUUUCUAGUCCACCUCAACUUGGAUUCUGUCUUGCUCUUAAUUUGUGGUUGCAACAGACAUAAAUUCUAGAUUAUAUAAAUUAAGUCUAUAUCCCACCUACUUCAACGGAUUUGUAAGGGUAAUAAAUCCAUAAGGAAACAUUACAACAAUGAGCAAGAAUAAAAUAAGGUACAGACAACAAUCCAAAUCAAUCCAUUGAGAACCCCAAAGCGUGACAGCUAAAAUACAUAUUUGCACCAACUGCUAAAACAUCACUAAGAGCAGAUACUUCCUAUUGCUUGCUUUCUAUGGGGAAGCUGGUGACAUGUUGCAAAUACAGAUUUGCGUUUUAGAAAAGGCUUUCACUCUCUAGAGGUCCAGUGUGCAAAAGUGGCAGCAGAUUUUUAUUAAUUUUUUUGCACUUGUAGCCCAAUUUUAAAAGAAAUGAAAUAUGUCUGCAACUAUUCAGUCCAAAUGUUAGAGAGAGGCCUCUCUGCUCAUGCCAUAGUGUCUGGAAGCGUCUCCCUUAAAAUUCAACAAACCUAAGUCAGCCUGUUCAGUUCAGGAAGAAGUACAUUUCCUUCAGUGUGCAGCAAGCUAACAAAGCGCCCCCAAUACUUCCUACCCAGUUGACAAACUGUGAAGCAAACUGACCAUGCUGCCUUCUCUGCUUCUAUCUUUGAGCACAAAAUACAGCUUUCUGUUAUCUAGGACAGUGAAUGCAGAUUGCCCAAGGGCUGUCCUGUUUCUGUUUCUUUCUCAUCUCUUGCUAAGCAUAUUUUUUUGUGGAAAAUGGGAUCUCACUGGUACUGGUGCAGCUCACUGAGCCAAAAGGAACUACCAUGGUCCAUCGACUUCAACGAGCAGCUGUCAUACCUGCAUCAAGUUUGAAUCAUUUUGACCUAACUAGAUCUUCUAAGAACUAGAAGACAGGGCUGACCCAGUGACCCCCAGAGGCCAAUAUCCUGGUUCUGAAAAUGACCUCUGCCAGAUGGAUGCUUCGCAAAUAAGUUGCAAAACAUAGGACAGUUACAGAACAAUCUCCCUCUGUUAUUUCUAACAAAUAGAAAAGACUGCCCUGAGCAGGCAAAUUUGCAACUUCUAAUUGUUCAGUUCACAGUUCUUAAAACCAAUCUUCAUGGUUUUAUCUAAUUCUUUUUUAAAAAUAAUUUUAUUCCAGCUCUGCUAUUGGCUUUCACAAUAUCCCGGGUUCAGUUAGUUCUGCACUGAAUGUAGUGUGUGAAAGGGUUUUUCUUUCAUUUAAGUACAACAGCCACACUGACUCUUUACAAGUUGUUUCGCUAUAUAUAUGGUACAUGUUUCCUAUCUGAAUACUGUGCUACAUUUACAGGUAAGCCAGAAUGGAUGAAGUAUAGCCUUGAGAGACCAGAGUAGUAUUGUUCAUGUAACAUACUAGAAUGAAGAAGGCAUGUUUCAGAUGUGGUUUAAUUACUUGUUUCUUUGAUUAAAUAUAGCAGGGUUUGCUCUCUUUCUUACAUACCAGAUGAUGUUCAGUUGCUAUAAAAAGCCAUAGCUGCAAAUGUUAUCCAUUACACCUUUUCUGUUCUCUCAAUAGGGUACAUCUGAUUUUUUUGAUUUUUUUUUAGUUCUUAGUUUUAUUCUCUCUUUUUGACGUUCAUGAAAAGGGUGUGUGUGAUGAUAAGUUGGUGAUGCUAAGCCUUGGUGUAUAUGUUUAGAUGUUUGGCAAACUUGAAUAAAAUUUAGUAGAAAUGAUGCCUUUAC